UCAGCGUGUUGGUCCGGCGCCUCAUUGCGCUUCUGUCGCUCGAGAGGAAUAGAACGGAAAGAUCGCAAGAUGUGGGUGCAGAGAUUGGGCCGUUCCCUGGUUGGCUAUGCCCCACGCUUUUUCCGCCCCAUUAGUACCCGGAUCGUGGGAAAAACAAACAUAGAAGUCCAGGAGCAGACGGACUCCCAGCCGCUGAUCUUUCCAGGCGUCUGGCUGAGGGACAACUGUCUUUGUGAGGAUUGCUUCCACGUCAGCUCCCAGUCAAGGAAGUUAGAUUGGGACAAGUUCGACACCCGAGUUCACCCUCUCAAAGUUCGGACGGAUGAGAAGGCCCAGGAGGCAAUCGUGAACUGGAGCGAUCGCCACGAGAGCCGCUUCCCUAUAAAGUGGCUUAAGGAGAGGAGCUUUCGGGAGGAGCACCAGGAGGAGUAUCUUGCCGACCUCUACCGCCCGCCAACCCGGCUCUGGGCGGGGUCGCAGUUCAAAACAAUUUCCCAGCACUUCGACUACGGCCAGGUGAUGGAUGACGACCAGGUGUUGGAGCAGUGGCUUCAGGCUCUGGCCGUCUACGGAGUGGCCCUAAUACGGGGCGCCCCCCAGGACGAGGGGGUGGUGCGACGACUAGCCGAGCGGGUCGGCUUCAUCCGGCGCACCACUUACGGCGAGGAGUUCGUGGUUCAGGCCAAGCCGGGCGCACAGAACUUCGCCUACCUCUCACUACCCCUGCCUCUGCACACCGACCUGCCCUACUACGAGUACAAGCCAAGUGUCAACAUACUGCACUGCCUCGUCCAGACGGAGUCCCCGGGAGGCAGCAACCUCUUGGUUGACGCGUUUUACGUAGCCGAUCGACUCCGCCGGGAGCAUACCGAGGAUUACGAGCGACUCUGCCGGAUAGUGGUCGACUGGAACGACAUUGGCAGCGAGGACGGGCGCGAGUUUCACAACAUCUGGCGGGCGCCGGUCAUUUGUCUGGACGCCCAGGGGCAGUACACGCGAGUGAACCACAGCGUGCCCCAGCGGGACAGUCACUUCAACGUGCCGUUUGAGGAGGUGCAACCCUGGUACGAGUCGUACGCCAAGUUCGUGCAACUGUCCCGGUCGGAGGCCUACGCUUUUAAAACCCGGCCGGGCGAAGUGCUGACCUUCAACAACAUCCGCCUGCUCCACGGUCGGACCGGCUACGACGACACUGAGCAAAACUCGAGGUACAUUGUGGGAGCCUAUCUGGACUGGGACAUUAUCUACUCGCGGCUGCGGGUCCUAAAAAAACGAAGAAACCAAUAAAACCCCUACACGAGAAAGCGUA